CGUGCUUGUUCUUACUUACGAUGGAGGUUUUAGGAGAAAUUAGUAAUUUUUGUCGCUUUUGCCUGAGCCAGGACUGCGAAUUGCUUAUGCCACUAUCUAGCGCCAUCGAAGACCUUUCCUUCUCCAUCCAAGACAUACAGCAAACGACCGGGAUUUCGAUUCUUGAGAGCGAAGUCGAUUGUCUAACCGUCUGUACAAAAUGCAUCAAUCGCAUAGAACUCGCGGUGGAUUUCCGUCGUUCCUGCAUAGAGGGAAACGUGAAGUUUUUGCAGCUUUUCGGUCAUAUCAUCGACAAGCUUCGUUCAUCCGACAUCGCGGAUGCGAGUUUCGAGCACGCAGAAUACAUAAAGAACCCUUUAAGGAUAGAAAUGGUUCUACAAAACGAACCCGAGAAUGAAAAUAUCUUGAAAGGGUACAAUGAGCCGGCAUUGUUGGUUGAAGAGACACAAGAGCUGUUUGAUGAGCGAACAUCUAACGGACAAGAAGACUGUGAAGACGGAAAUAGCAGUUCCGAGGAUCUUACCCCUACGCACACAAGCACGUUAAGAGCAAAACGAAAAAUCAUGAAUAAGAGAGUGGACGUGAUCGCAACAUCAAGUCAUCGAAAGACGAAAUCAAAUGAACGGAUUGAGGACAGCGAAGAAGACAAAGCAAACAAGCCAUUGAAACGAAAAAAAUCCGGAAAAAAUAGAAAACAAUUGUGCGGUAUUUGUGGUGCACUAGUGUUCAACCUGAUCGACCAUACACGAUCUCAUACCAAGGAAAACCUUCUCAAAUGUCCACACUGUCCUGUACAGAUGACUAAUUCAUCCAACCUGUCAAAGCAUGUGCGUCUUGUUCACGAGAAAAUAGCCGUUAGGUCUUGUGAACCGUGUGGCAAAGAGUUUCUCACAUACAACUCCUAUAAAUCGCAUUUGCUAUCUCAACACAAUAUCGGUGAGCGGUAUCAGUGUGAAAUCUGUCUCAGAAUUUUCAAUUCAACAUCGAGUCGCGGAGUGCAUAUAAGGCGGAUGCAUUUUGCUGAAUGGAAGUAUGAAUGCCAGAUUUGCCAGAAAAAGUUCAAAGACAAGAAGAUGCUGAAGCGACAUGAAAGGGUACACUCUACCAACGCUCCAUUCGCAUGUAGCCACUGUCCAAAGCGAUUCAAGUCUCCAUACGCGAAAAAAACGCACGAAAUAACACACAGUGGUAUCAACUUCCCAUGCACACUCUGCACUAAAGUGUACCGGUACAAGAGUCUACUCAGCAUGCAUUACCGGAAAUGCCAUCCAGAGGAAUGUAACAGUCAACCAGCUUAGCAAAAAGUUCCACAUGGCAUCCAAUAAUCAUGUAAUGACUGAUAUAUUUACCUUGAUCACACAAGGU